AUGGGUUUUUCAGGGGUCUGUAAGGCCAUAUAUGAUUAUGCGCCUCAAGCCGAAGGGGAACUCGCCAUCAGUGAUGGAGAUGUGCUUUACAUACUAGAAAAGAAUGCCGAAGACGAUUGGUGGAAAGCCAAGAAGAAAGCCAGCGCUGAUGAUGAGGAUGAGCCCGAAGGUUUAAUCCCAAACAAUUACGUUGAAGAGGCUCAACCUAUUGCAAAGGCUCGGGCAUUGUAUGAAUAUACACGUCAAACUGACGAAGAACUGUCCUUCCCAGAAGAUGCACUUAUCGACGUCUACGACACCUCAGACCCUGACUGGAUUUUGGUUGGUCUGGACGGCGACUAUGGUUUUGUUCCUUCCAAUUACAUCGAGAUGGGCGAGUCGGAAGAAGCCGCCCCUCGGCCCUCGCCGCCCCCAGCCUUGCCGUCACGCUCCUCCAUGCCUCCGGCUCCUGGGCCCGACAGCAACUCAGAGCGUCCAGAGUCGGCGUAUUCUGCGUCCAGCCCACAACCGAACAAUCCUGCGGCGGCAUUGGCUGGAGUUAUUGCUGGACGCUCCGCUCCUGCUCCCCGUGCUGAGAGUCCUCCGAUCUCGCCACAGUCCCCUUUGUCAGAGCCUUCCGACGAGGAGCAUGUGAGAAGUCCGGCUUUGCCAGCACGGCCCAUAUCUCAAGUCGCGCCUCCGCCAGCGCGCAUAUUGUCUCAGAGAUCGAUAGACACGCAUCUGUACGACAAUUCUCCGGAGGUUGAGGAACCCCCUUACCGUGCACCCGGCGGUUUCCACAUGUACAACAUCAAUGAAAUGGUGUCUGUCAUGGGCAAGCGCAAGAAGAUGCCCACGACGCUCGGUGUCAAUCUGGCAACUGGUACCAUCCUCAUUGCUCCAGAGCGUGCUCAGGACGGGCCGUCGCAAGAAUGGACGGCCGACAAGAUGACGCACUAUUCUCGUGAGGGGAAACACGUCUUUCUCGAGCUUGUACGGCCAAGCAAAAGUGUAGACUUUCACGCAGGUGCCAAGGAUACGGCCGAGGAGAUUGUCAGCGCUUUAGGCGAACUAGCUGGAGCUGUUCGGGCAGAAGGCUUGAGAGAGGUCAUCUUAGCUGGAGCUGGGAAAGCCCAGAAGAAAGGGCAAGUUCUGUAUGAUUUCAUGGCCCAGGGUGACGACGAAGUAACGGUCGCAAUUGGCGAUGAUGUUGUUAUCAUCGAUGACACCAAGAGCGAGGAAUGGUGGCAAGUCCGGCGCGUCAAGAACGGGAAAGAGGGCGUCGUUCCAAGCAGCUACAUUGAGAUCACAGGCUCCAUUACCCCGCCGCCCAGCAACACCGGAAUCAACGCUGCGAAAUCGACUGUCGAGCAAAAUCGCCUCGAAGAGAUACGGUUGACAAAGGAAGCUGUCAAGGCGGCGCAAAGAGACAGCUCACAGCAGGUAGGGCCAGGAAUGCCUCUACCUAAGCGAGGCAGCAGUCUUAUGGCAAGAGAAAAUGGUAAUAACUAUGGGCAGCGGAGUAAACGCGAAAACGGACGUGGCGAAGGUAGCGGUCAAGGCCGUUCUGGAAAAUCAAAGCCGGAUCCUUCCAAGGUCAGGACAUGGACCGAUCGAUCGAAGUCUUUCAGUGUCGACGCGCAAUUUCUUGGGCUCAAGGAUGGCAAGAUCAACUUACACAAGAUGAACGGCGUCAAGAUUGCGGUUCCGGUAGCCAAAAUGUCAGUGGGAGAUCUUGAAUACGUGGAACGCAUUACCGGCAUCUCGUUAGACGAGGACAAGCCGUUGUCCAACGUCAAGAAAGCCAGAGCGGCCUCUCAAGCGGGGGCAGCACGAGACUCAGCCUCCGGCGGAAUUGGUGCAUCGGUUGGCCCGCCGCAGAAGCCCGAGUAUGACUGGUUCCAGUUCUUCCUUUCGUGCGACGUCGCCGUAGGCCUGUGUGAGCGUUAUGCGCAGGCAUUCUCCAAAGACUCUAUGGAUGAGAGCGUUCUUCCCGACGUGGACGCCUCCAUUCUACGCAACUUGGGUCUUCGCGAGGGCGACAUCAUCAAGGUCAUGCGCACGCUUGAUCAAAAGUUUGGCCGUGUACGAGGGGGUGAUAAAUCUAGUGCUGAAGGAGACGGCGGCUCUGGCGGUCUCUUCUCGGGACCCGGUGGCGCUUUGCGUAACAAUACAAGGAAGGGCCGGCCAGCACCUGCUGUUCAGACAAGCGACGUCGUGGAUCCGAAAGCCUUCGCGCGCAAGGAGGAUGGCCCGGCUGAAGAUGCUUCAUCAAAGUCGCCGUCGUCGGCUCCGGGGCCUACGCCUGGCCAAAAAAGCGGUUUCGACGACGACGCAUGGGACGUGAAGCCUGCGAAGCAACCACAAGAACCUGCCGCGGGAUCAUCACCGAUACCUCCGGUACCCGCGGCUACCCAACCUCCUACUCAGUCUGUGCAGCAGCCUGUGUCGCAGCCUGUGCCGUCUCCUCAAGUGCCGGCCCUCACCGGUUCUAUGCAGGAGCUAUCUCUCUUAAGCACGCCUUUGGAGCCUCAGCGGACUGCCCAACCUCCGGCGCACAACUCUACCGCAAGUCAGCCGCUGACACCGGCGCAAGCUCCCCAGCCAACGGGGGCGACUCCAUCCUUCUUUGCUACAGUCCGGCCGAACGCUACCUCGACGCAGCCGCCGCAGCAGCCAGUGCAGCGACAGAGACCAACUCCACCUGCUGCAACAUCGAGCCAGGGUAUACUGAUGCCUCCGCCUCCUUCUCGGCCGUUGUCAGCUCCUCAGUCGGCUCAGCCGAGCGCUUUUGCACCACCUCCCUUGGCUCCCCAGAUGACGGGUUUCCAGACGCCUGUUGCGCCCCCGGGUCAGAGCAUGAAUGAGAUCAGCCAAGCACGUUUGCAGCAGCAGUUCGCAAUGCAGCAACAGCAACAGAUGGCCCAGUCGCAGAUGAAUCCGUAUCCUGUCCCCCAGCAGCAACCUAUUCCGGGCGUGAUGGGCUUCAACGCCGGCAUGCAGCAAACAGGUGGGCAGUUUAUGCAGUCCAUGCAACCGAUGAUGACCGGGGCCACCAACCAAAGCCCUUUUGCCGACCCUCAGCGUCCAAACCAAUUCAAUCCGAUGCAGGCACAGCCCACAGGUUUCCCUGGGCAAUUCGGGAAUAACCAGACAUUCAACCCCCAGGCGACUGGUAUCAACUCAUUUUUGCCUCCUGCAAUGGAGCCCCAGAGAACGGGAGCUCCUGGCUUCCAUUCUCAGCAAACAGGUUUCCAGCCCCAGCAGACCGGCUUUGGUGGGUUCAAUAGUCUGGGUGGUGCAAGCUCGCUGGCUGCUCCUGUUCAGCCGUUGCAGCCACAAAAGACAGGGCCGCCACCUCCGGUUCGAUUUGGCGUUACGGGAGAUGCCAAGAAGAUAAUGGCCCAGCCAACCGGACGGCGGGCUAACCUUUCGCAAGCAACUCCGAACAACCCUUUUGGUUUCUAA